CUAUUGUUUUGAUUUAUUUCUACGUGUUGUUUACAUCUUAUUAAGUUCAAUACAAUAAAUACUAUUAGGAAUUUAUUUCAUACACGGUAUUAAUAAACAUUGAAAGGAUGUCGGAAGACGAAGUAGAAAGUUUUGAAAUUACCGAUUACGAUCUUGACAAUGAAUUUAAUAUCAAUCGUCCUAGACGUAAAUUAACAAAGAAACAACAAAUGCUUGGCAUUUGGGCAGACGAUAGCGAUGAAGAAGAAUUAUCUGCUAGACCAUCAUUUAAAACUUUUGACAAAGGACCUAAAAACUAUACAGCCCCUGUAAAUUUUGUAGCAGGUGGCAUACAACAAGCUGGGAAACCAAAAGAUGAGAUAGAGGAAAAAGAUGAUGAUGACAGUGAUGAAAAUACAAGUAAAUUGCAAAGAGAAUUUCCAAAUAGUUCAAGCUCCGAAGAUGAAAGACCAAGUAUGGCACCGUUACGUUCAUCUUUUUCAUUAAACACAGAUGGAGAUAUUGCUGGUUUACGUAAAAAGAAAAGUAAAGUAAAUCCGUUACUAAUACAAAGUGGAAUGGGCAGUUGGGAGGUUCAUACAAAAGGCAUUGGAGCUAAGCUGUUAUUACAGAUGGGUUUUGAACCUGGCAAAGGGUUGGGUAAACAAUUACAAGGUAUAAGCGCACCAGUAGAAGCCCAUUUGAGAAAAGGUAGAGGCGCAAUUGGUGCUUAUGGCCCAGAAAAAGGCCCAAAAUUAGCAGAUAAAAAAAAGGAAGACGAAAUAGAAGAAGGAAAAGAUUCAAAAGCUAAAUUAUCUCAGUGGCGUAAAGGAGAUAGUACUGUGGUUAAGAAGAAAGUAAAAUAUGUCUACCGAAGCGUCGAUCAGGUUUUAGAGGAUGGAAAACUAAAACCCAGCAAGAAAGUAAGGUCAUCUAACGAAAUGAGCAGAGUUAAAGUUAUAGAUAUGACUGGCCCUGAACAAAGAAUUUUAAGUGGAUACCAUGCAAUUGCUGGAGGUCAACAACGACCAGAUGAAAGUGUCGUAGUUACUGAUACAAAAUCCAAACUUAAUUUUGCACUGCCAGAGCUCCAACAUAAUUUAAACAUACUUGUCGACAUGUGCGAGCAAGAUAUUAUACAAAAUGACAGGCGAACGCGGCAUUUGAAUGAUAGAGUAGUUGCAUUAGAAGCAGAGAAGAAAAAUUUGUCAAAAGUUAUAGACCAACAUGGUCAGCUCAUUGACACGUUAGAAAACGUACUCGAUAUUGUAGACAGAUUAAUGGAUGAAACAAAUCAGAUGUCGUUACAAGAGACUGCAGAAGCUUUCAAAGAUUUACAAGAUAAAUAUUAUGAGGAAUAUAAAAUGUAUGAACUUGGUGAAUUGGCUAGCAGUUUUGUUGGUCCAAAAAUAAAGGAAUGUUUGACUAGUUGGAAUCCAAUAAUGCAACCGAAACAACCCAUUAAAUUAUUUGAACAAUGGAAGAGUAUUUUAGAAAGCGGUGCUACGACCCUUCAAUCGCGAACUAUGCAAUCGUACGACCAACUUGUUUGGAAUGCGUGGAUGCCAUCAAUUAGAGGAGCCAUACAACAGUGGACGUGUAGACAACCAGAGCCGCUCAUCGAAUUAAUCGAACAUUGGAUGCCAUUGCUUCCAGGUUGGAUAUUAGAAAAUAUUCUAGAUUUAUUAAUUCUUCCGAAACUUACUUUGGAAGUCGAAGAAUGGAAUCCCCUCACUGACACGGUACCGAUUCACACGUGGAUUCAUCCGUGGCUGCCAUUAUUACGUACUCGACUGGAUACUUUAAUAUAUCCAAUAAUACGACGUAAAUUAGGUUCUGCAUUGGGUGGAUGGCAUCCAUCCGACAGAUCUGCUAGACUAAUGUUACAACCAUGGUCUAAUGUCUUUGCAAAAGGAGAUAUGGAGGCCUUUUUAGUGAAAAAUAUAAUACCAAAAUUGCAAAUAGCACUUUCGGAAUUUGUUAUUAAUCCACAUCAACAACAUUUGGAUCAGUGGAAUUGGGUAUAUGAAUGGAAAGAGUUAAUUCCAUCUCACAUAAUGGCAGGAUUGCUUGACAAAUUUUUCUUCCCCAAAUGGCUACAAGUCUUGGCUCUUUGGCUAAACCAUUCCCCUAAUUACGAUCAAGUUACAAAUUGGUAUAUGGGAUGGAAAGGCAUGCUAAAUGAAAAAUUACUAGCCGAACCUUUAGUGAAAGAACACUUCAAGAAAGCAUUGGAUAUGAUGAAUAGAGCAGUUACAGGACCACAGAGUCAUCAACCAGGCGCAAUGGAACAAGUUUCAUAUUUAACAAGCUUGGAAAGGACUCAACCUACCAUAUCACAGAUGCCACCGACCGCACAACCAAGAAUGGAGAGACUUGCUGAAGCAGUUCGAACGGCAUCGCAAAUACCACAAGGUUUUAAAGACCUUGUUCAAAAGAAAUGCGAAGAAAGAGGUAUUCUGUUCAUGCCUAUACCAAAUCGUUAUAGAGAAGCUAAACAAGUUUACAAGGUAGGCAAUGUCCAAGCUUACAUAGAUAGAAAUGUUUUAUUUGUUUGUCAUAAUGGCAUGAAUUGGAUGCCGACGCAUUUAAAUGCUUUAUUAGACAUGUCUGAACUUUAAAAGUAACUAUACUCUAAUUUAGUAUGUAACUAACAAUAAAUAGUAAAUUUAGUUAUUUAUCUUGUACAUAUAUUGUAAGAUACUAUGUAAAAUGUGACAUUGAAAAUGUAUAUUGCACAAUGUGCAUAGUUUGCAAAA